AUGUCGAAACGCUCUGGCUUGGGUGUGGUCACAAGUGAAGAGUUAUCCAAACCUGAAAAACUGUCGAAACCAUCUUUGGAUAGUGAUGAAGAAGAUUAUGAUGAUAAAGACUGUUUCCGACUGCGUGAAACAGACAUAGAUGGUCAGGAGGCUUCAACAUUAGAAUAUGAUGAUGAAGUCAAGAUAACUCCGUUCAAUAUGAAGGAGGAACUUGAAGAAGAUGGACAUUUUGAUUCUGCUGGAACUUUCAUAUUCAAAAAGGAAGUUGAUGCUCGUGAUAACUGGUUGGAAGAUAUUAACUGGUUAGAAGUGAAAAAAAAUCAAGAGAAAAAUGUACUAAAAGACACGGCGAUAAGUGAUGAGCCGGAUGAGAAAGUGUUAAGUAAAGAGGAGAAACUUUCUAUGUAUGAAGAACUUCUGUCUUAUUUACAACCUUCGGAGACAGUUUUGCGAAGUAUCAAACGUAUGGGUGUAUGCUCAGAUGUUAAAAAGUCUGCUUCAGCUAGUGAACGCUGGUUACAGAAAAAGAAACCUAAAACAGACAAUCGUAAUGGCAAUCCAGAAGGAUUGAUUCGUGUCACUGAAUUAGCUGAUCAACUUGUUCAAGCUGGUGAUUUUGAUGUCUAUCAAAAGACUUAUGAAGAUAUUCAUAAGCUUAUAGAAUGUACAAAACAGUUUGAAGCAGAUGAUGAAUUGGAUGUUCUUGGUCAAGAGCUGGAUGAGAAACAAAGUAAUAAUAAUAACGACAACGAAGAUGGAGUAAAGGUGACCGGAGAAAAUGGCAACAAUAAUGAUAACAAUAAUAAUAAUAAUAGUGAUAGUAAUAACGAUAAGCCACCAAUUAUGUGGCAUUUAAAGCGUUCAAACAAACCAAAUACAGAUAUUGAAGGUCCGUAUACAUCAGAACAAUUAAAGACAUGGCUUCAAGAUGGAACAUUCAAGGAUGAUGAUAAUAUAUUAAUACGUGAAUCAACAAAACCAGAAGGACAAUUCUAUAGUAUUACACGUAUUGAUUUCGAUUUAUAUGAAUAA